AUGUAUAAGAAAAGUUCAUUCACGAUCGUGGUUGCGGCACUGGCGGCAUUCUUUGCUUCAUUCGCUCGGUCCGAGUUCCAAUUUACGGUGUUACCUAAAUACACCCAGGUGUACGAGGGAGAAACAGUUGUGCUAAAAUGUCGUGCAUUCUUCGACGACGAAAUCGACUUUUCCUGGACGCUGAAUGGAAAUCCCAUUCGGCUGGAUCAUCGGGUGUAUUUAAAUGGAUCCAAUCUGCAUAUAAACAGCGUUUCCCAGCGGCUGGACAGCGGGGAUUACGUAUGCCUAGCGACGGCUGAAUCCUCCGGAGCACGGGUCGCCACACCGCCAGCUAAGCUGGAAGUUAUUCGGACCUCGUCACCGGUGGUGCAGCUGAUGAAGCACGAAUCGGAAAAAGGUGGAUCGAUCGUGUUGAAAUGUCACAUCGGAAAUGGCAGCAGUUCCGGCGGUGCUCGAGAUGAGGACGAAACUCGCAUCGAAUGGUACAGGAACAACGAACGGCUCACCAAAUCGGCGCAUAUCGAUUUUCAGCGUCGGAAGCUGCACAUAAAAAAUGCAACAGCCAAAGAUAAUGGUGUCUACAGCUGUCGGGUUGUACUGCGGCGCGCGACGGUCCCGAAUUUCCAGCCGGAAGCACUGGCGAGCGUCAAGAACUACCGUCUCAAGUUGAAGGCCACAACUGCAGCAUCGGCAGCAGCCACCGGUAGCGGGUACAGAGCCGGAGGGAUAGACAAUACCUACACCAUCGACUGCACAAAAAACCAAAAUUCGUUGCUCUGCCGUGGAAAGCGAGGUGAUAAGCCUAUGGCCGCCGCCCUGACCGCUGCUGCUGCCUCUCCGCUGACCACGGCGGCCGAUAACCUAGCACUGCCGGUAGUGCAGAUCGUAGACCAGCCGGUCAAUGCGGUGGUUAAUGAGAGCGCGCCGGCAAUUUUUAAUUGUGGUUUCCAAACGUUCCCUAACGAGACGGCAUUCAUCCUCAAGUGGCGCAAGGAUGGAAAGGUAAUCCGGAAGUGGGACAGUGGAGUCGGCGAUCUGCUGGACGGGGACGGGGUAACCGAGAGCUCUAUGUUUCGGGACGAUGCUCGUAUUCAUGUUGAUAGAGGCAAUGGUUCACUCGUGUUCAAUUCGGUUAUUGCCAGCGAUGAAGGAAGCUACGAUUGUCAGAUAACUAACAACGGGACGGAGUUCCUGGUGACAUCCAACACGGCAGAGCUGCAAAUCAUUUCUAAUUUGCGGUUUACACCGAAGCCACCAACGACAAAGAACCUCGAGCUCGGUUCGGUUGCUAAGAUACACUGCAAAGCUCAGGGAACGCCAGCGCCGGCAGUGCACUGGUUGACGGAAGCCGGCCGGGCGGAACUACCGGAGUCGGUAGAGGAUGUCAAUGGUACGCUGAUAUUUCGCACAGUGACAACGGAUCAUCGUGGCAAUUACACUUGCGUUGCUACUAAUAGUCAGGGCGAAAUCAGUGCUUCGGUUGUGGUCAACGUUGUGGUGGCACCCAAGUUCGAAGUGGCACCGGAAGGCUCUAUACAGGUAGCCGAAAUGGGUACGGUUCACAUCCAUUGUGUUGCGACGGGGGAUCCGAAACCGACGAUUCAAUGGGACAAAGAUCUACAGUAUCUGCACAGUUCCAACCAGUCGGAGGAGAAUAGAUAUCGAAUACUGGAUAAUGGAACAUUGAUGCUUAGUGAAGUUCAUUUGGAGGACGAUGGCAAGUACGGAUGUACGAUAGGAAAUAGUGCCGGUUUGAAGCGAGAGGAAGUUCACCUGAUUGUGAGACCUGCCGAUAGUAUGCCGCUGCCGGAGGAAACUUCCGAGGAUGGCUUUCUGAUAACACGAGCUGUGCUCAUCACCAUGUCCGUUGCAUUCGCGUACAUAAUUCUGGUGGUUGGUCUUAUGCUGUGGUGCCGCCACAGGCGGGCCGCUCGGAAAGCUCGUCUUAACAUGAGUUCGAAGGAAAAUGGAGAUGUAGAUUUGAAAAACUGUGAAAUUGAGCCGUGUCUUCCGGAGAAGUCUUCCCAGGAGGGAAAAUCAAAGUCUUCCAAGAAGUCGGGUCACCAAAAGAAUGGUUCCAACGCCGAUGGACAGGAUAAAAGUGAUGAUACGGUGAAUUCCACCAAGUCGAAGAAAUCGAGCAGUUCCAGUGGCUAUCUGGAGCAGCUUUCCGUGCCACGAUCCAGCGUGAUUGAAACGAUGCAGAUAGGUAAGUGUGAUUUCGGUGAUGUUUUGAUCGGAAAAAUCAAGGAAAACGAUUGUCGGACGGCUACCGUGAAGGAAGAGUCACCCCGCGAACCGGUGACCGGCGAUGAAGUUGUUCACGCCGAUAAAAUGGUCACUGAAGAUGAGAAAAUUACCAAGAAACCUUCGAACGAAGAGUUGAACGAAAUCAAGCUGGAGAAUGAUUAUAAAUUGGUUAUGGUGAAAGCACUGACGAAGGUGAAAGACGAACAUUGUUGCUCCGAGUUUCGCCGACAGCUCGAACUGUUCCGGACCGUUUCGCACAAGAACGUAGUGAAGUUGUUGGGUUUGUGUCGGGACAAGGAUCCGCAUUAUCUGCUUUUGGAGUACACUGAUUGGGGUGAUCUUAAACAAUUCCUUUUGGCGACGGCGCCAAACACACCACCGAAUGGCAGUGUAGAAACGAAGAGCACUGCCAAGCCCCCACCGUUGAAUGUGCCACAAACUUUAGCCUUGGCGCAUCAAAUUGGCCGGGGAAUGGAUGCCAUCUACAAAGCUCGCAUCAUUCAUAAGGACCUCGCCACGCGAAACUGCAUUAUCAGCAGUGACUUUUCGGCCAAAAUCAGUCUGCCCGCGCUCAGUCGAGACAAGUACAGCAAGGAGUACUUUAAGUUUAAGAAUCAACUGCUACCGGUUCGGUGGAUGGCUCCCGAGUGCCUACAGGAUGACGAUUUUUCGAUCAAAAGCGAUAUCUUCUCGUUUGCGGUGCUGGUUUGGGAACUAUUUACUCAAGCUACCGAGUUGCCGUUUAAAGAUCUGAGCGAGGAAGAGUACGUAACGCAGGCACAAGCCGGCAAGCUGGAAUGGAAGGUGGCAGAGAAUACUCCCGAAGCGUUGCAUAAGAUUCUGACAACCUGCUGGUCCGUAAAUCCGAAAGAGCGACCGUCAUUCAGCCAACUGGUAGUAGCGAUAGGAAAUUGCCUGCAAAGCGAGUAUCCAAAGGAACCUACGGUACUAACGAUUUAA